AUGGCGAAUUCAAAGCAAGAACUCGAGCCUAUCCCGGGACCACCAGGUCUCCCCUUCGUUGGAAAUAUCUCAGAUAUUGAUCCACAAAACCCGAUCAAGUCAAUGAUGAACCUCACAGACAUAUAUGGCCCCAUAUGGACAUUAUCUAUCGGAAGCAAAUCGCGAAUCAUCAUCGCAUCACAGAGCCUCAUGAACGAAGUCUGUGAUGAAGAAAGAUUCGAAAAAGGAGUAUCCGUCGCCUUGCAAGAAGUCAGAAAUGGCACGCACGACGGGCUAUUCACAUCAUUUGGCCCCGAGGAAAAGAACUGGGGGAUCGCACAUAGAGUUCUUAUGCCCGCGUUCGGCCCUCUUUCCAUCCGAAGCAUGUUCGACGAGAUGCAUGACAUCGCCUCACAGCUGGUGAUGAAAUGGGCGAGACAUGGGCCCAAUCACGUUAUUCAGGUUACGGACGACUUCACAAGGCUGACGCUGGAUACCAUUGCUCUGUGUGCGAUGGACUACCGGUUCAAUUCUUACUAUUCGGAAUCGAUACAUCCGUUCGUGGAGGCAAUGAGCGAUUUCCUCAAAACGUCGGGAGAUCGAGCUCGGCGAGGGGCGUUCGCGCAGUCGCUAUUCUACCGCGAAGAAUCACGUAAGUAUUGGGCGGACAUCGAGCUCCUUCGGAAAACAAGCAUGGACGUCAUUCAGUCUAGAAAGGCAAACCCCACAGACAAGAAGGAUUUGCUUAAUGCGAUGCUGAAUGGCGUUGAUCCAAAGACGGGCGAAAAGAUGAGCGAAGAGAGUGUCAUGGACAACAUGAUUACCUUUCUGAUUGCUGGACACGAAACAACGUCUGGAAUGCUAUCGUUUGCUUUUUACUAUUUGCUAAAGAACCCUGAGGCCUAUGAGAAAGCACAGAAAGAGGUUGAUGAAGUCAUUGGGAAAGAUCCCAUUACCGUUGAGCAUACCAGCAAGCUUCCAUAUUUGAAUGCGGUGUUGAGAGAAACACUCCGACUAUCGCCAACCGCACCAGCCAUAGGUCUCAAGCCAAAGAACGACGAGAUCCUGUGUGGGAAGUAUGCUGUUCCCAAGGGUACCCCCAUCCAAGCAUUGUUCCACAAAAUCCAUCGCGAUCCCGCAGUGUACGGAGAAGACGCCGAAGAGUUCCGACCUGAGCGCAUGUUGGAUGAGGAAUUUGAGCGCCGUAACAAAGAAUUCCCGAAUUGUUGGAAGCCUUUCGGGAAUGGAAUGAGGGCAUGCAUUGGACGACCAUUCGCCUGGCUUGAGGCGUUGUUGGUUACAGCAAUUCUGCUCCAGAACUUCAACUUCACCAUGGACGAUCCCUCAUACAUUCUGCAGAUCAAACAGACACUGACCAUCAAACCCAAGGGGUUCCUUAUGAGAGCCCAUCUUCGAAAUCAUAUGUCUGCCACUACACUCGAACGUGUGCUCGCCACGACGUCGCUGGACAAAGCACCGACGAAAACAGGCAAGGUCGUUUCGACUUCGACAGGAGCGAAGGGCAAGCCUUUGAUCAUUCUGUAUGGUUCGAACACCGGAACUUGUGAGGCACUCGCAAACCGUCUGGCAGGCGAUGCUGCAAAACACGGGUUCAGUGCUGAGGUCGUAGAUACCUUAGACUCCAGGAAGGAUAAUCUACCAAACAAUAAACCGAUCGUCAUUGUCACCGCCUCAUAUGAGGGACAACCAGCAGAGAAUGCAGCCCAUUUCGUCAAUUGGGUUGGGAAUCUGAAAGGAUCUGAACUCCAGGGCGUAUGCUAUUCAGUUUUCGGUUGCGGGCAUCGAGAUUGGUCGAAGACUUAUCAGAGGAUUCCAAAAUACCUCGACAGUGCUCUUGAGAAGAGAGGCGCAUCGCGCAUAGCUCCCAUCGGAGCCGCGGAUGCAGCAGCAGGUGACAUCUUCACCGACUUCGAAGCCUGGGAAGACCAAGUGUUCUGGCCGGCCAUGCGUGAACGAUAUGGAGCUUCCGAGGCCUCUGGAGAGACUUAUGAGUCCAAGUUGGAUGUCGAAGUGUCAACCCCGAGAUCCUCUAAUCUGAGACAGGACGUCAGAGAAGCCCGCGUUGAGGAAGUAAGUGUGCUGUCUGCACCAGGAAUUCCCGAGAAGCGUCACAUUGAGAUCAGUCUUCCCUCGGAGAUCACGUACUCUGCGGGCGAUUAUCUCGCCAUCCUUCCCCUGAAUCCUAAAGAAAGUGUUGCUCGAGCUAUGCGAUAUUUCGGUCUUCCUUGGGACAGUAUGUUGACACUGUCUUCUGGUGGCCCUACUACUCUUCCUGUGGGGCACCCCACUGCUGCCACUGAUGUAUUCGGCGCCUAUAUUGAGCUCGCCCAACCAGCUAGCAAACGCAAUAUCCUCGCUCUUAUCGAUGCCACGUCGGACGACAAGGAGAAGAAAGAGCUCACUCGACUCUCGGAUACUGACUUCACUACCGAGAUUACUGAAAAACGUGUCUCAGUACUAGAUCUUCUUGAACGAUUCCGAACCAUCACUCUUCCAAUUGGGGCGUUCCUUCAAAUGCAACCACCCAUGCGUGUCCGGCAAUAUUCAAUUUCAUCCUCACCCCUAUGGAAUCCCUCAAACGUCACUUUGACCUACUCUGUUGUCGAUCAGCCAGCUCUAAGCGGACAAGGUCGUUUCGUCGGGGUCGCCUCCUCCUACCUAUCCAGUCUCGCAGUAGGCGACAAGCUACACGUCUCAGUCCGCCCUUCCCACCAAUCCUUCCACCUACCCAAAGACUCCAAGAACGUCCCCAUCAUCAUGGUUGCCGCUGGCACAGGUCUCGCUCCCUUCCGCGGCUUCAUCCAAGAACGUGCCGCCCAGAUGGCCGCUGGACGACCCCUCGCCCCUGCCCUCCUAUUCUACGGUUGUCAUUCUCCAGACACCGACGCACUCUACUCCGACCUGCUUGCACGCUGGGAGGCUCUCGGCGCAGUGUCCGUACGCUACGCUUACUCUCGCGCUUCGGAUCUCUCUGAGGGGUGCAAGUACGUGCAAGAUCGAAUGUACCACGACCGCGCGGACGUCGUGGAGCUUUUCAAUGCUGGAGGAAAGGUCUUCAUCUGUGGAAAUAGGAAUGUUGGCGAGGGUGUCUCGAAAAUUUGCAUUAAGAUUGCGAAAGAGAAACGUGAGGAGGUUAGGGGGGAGGAGGUCACGGAGGAACAUGUGAAGGAGUGGUUUGAUGGAUUGAGAAAUGAGAGGUUCGCUACUGAUGUGUUUGCGUAA